AUGGACCUUACUCUGGUCACUGACAAGAAUUUUCCUACGCGGAUCGCCAACUCCGUCCCCCGGGACUCGACACCCGACCUCGCCUUUGUGAGGAACGUCGAGGACGUGGGUUGGCAGAACACCGCCAUGGAGUUCGGCAGCGACCACUACAUUCUCGAGACCAACUUCAAGGUGUCUCGGAGUAGGGCCAGGGAAUCCACGUUCAUCGAUUGGGACCAUUUUCGCAAGAUUCGUAAAGAACCCGGGAGAGCCAGGGCACCCGCCACUCUCGAAGAAUGGUGCAUUCAAGAAAAGUUCGUAGUGGCCCCUGUGCCCCGAAACGUCCAUCUCGUCCACAACGAGGGCAGACCCAAGGCCAGAGCAGCAGCCAUCCUCAAACAGAACAAGCAACACGACAUUAGAGCAAGCUUCGUCGACGCCGCGGAGUACAGUGACGGGAAGACCUUUGCCGUGGUCGGGGUCGACUCGAGCGGCGAGAUUUCCAAUAGCGCCUUAAUUCGCAGUUCAGACUCCGGAGUCGCCGAGCAAGUCGCCAUCGCCCUCGCCCUACUAGACGGUCAGUCGGUCGAGGGUGCUCCCCCGAACCUUAAUGAGUCUGCUCACGAGGCUGCGCGUGACCUCACCGACCACGCUUCCACUUGCCACUUCUGCAAGCAACGAGGGCACAUAGUAAGAGCAUGCAGGAGGAAGGCUACAGCUCGCGCUUCGGCUGAACCGAACUCUCCGAACGGAAAACUGGCCAAUGGAGGCCGUCACAAGAAUGCUGCGUCGGACGUAUACGACGUGUUCGUACUGUCUGGUGAGGAGCCAGCCGUGAAAGUGGAAGUGCGCGUCAACGGAAGUCCCCUAGAGAUGGAGGUGGACUCGGGUGCAGUGUGUUCAGUCAUCAACGACCGGACUAUGCGGAAGCUGCGAAUAUCGAAAAGGGCGUUGCGCCCAAGUAGCCUUCACCUCCGAGCUUACAAUAACAAGGAACUACGAGUGUUGGGUGAAUUGACCGUGACGGUGGAAUUUAGGGGGCAGGAACAUCGCCUGCGAUUGGUGGUGGUUAAGGGUGCUAGUAUCGGACUUAUCGGUCGGGACUGGUUCAAGUCCUUGGGAAUAAGUCUGAGUGGCGUUCACAGUGUGUGCGAGCCGAGUAGAACUGGCAGUAAAGGAACAACGGCCUUGCUCAAGAAGUAUUCUUCAGUCUUUGAGCCUGGACUUGGGACAAGUAGAGGGCCUCCUGUACACAUAGAGGUGAACCCGGCAGCUCCGCCGCGAUUUUUGAAGCCACGGCAAGUACCGUUUGCAUUGAGACCGAAGGUCGACGAAGCACUGGACAGGUUGGUGAGCCAAGGCAUUUUCCAGCCUGUACGGCACUCGAAGUGGGCAACACCGGUCGUUCCAGUUGUCAAAAAAGAUGGAUCGAUAAGGAUCUGCGGGGACUACAAGAGCACCGUCAAUCGUGUGGUGCAGUGGGAAACGUAUCCUCUGCCAACACCAGAGCAGCUGUUUGCCAGGCUGGCAGGUUGCUCGAAGUUUUCAAAGCUAGACCUCGGACAAGCGUAUCAACAGAAGACUGUUCAUGAAGAAACAGCUGACUUGUUGACGGUGACAACACAUCGGGGACUUUUCCGCGUAACCCGUCUUCAAUUUGGCGUGGCAGUGGCAGUGGCUAUUUUUCAGAGGUACAUGGAAGAACUGCUGCAUGAUAUUGAUGGUGUGCUGGUGUUCUUGGAUGACAUCUUGAUCGGUGGAAGGGAUGAGGCACAGCACUAUGCUCGUUUGCAAGAGGUGCUCAAAAGAAUCCACGAAGACGGUCUGCGACUGAAAUUUGACAAAUGUCAAUUUUGUGUUGAGGAAGUGCGUUACUUGGGAUUCAUCGUGAACUGUGCAGGUGUGCAGCCGACAGAAGACAAGGUGAGUGCUAUUCACGAGGCCCCGGAGCCAACAUGCAAAAAGGAGCUUCAAGCCUUUUUGGGAGCUCUGAACUUUUACAAGUUUCUUAAGGGAGCAGCACAUACCUUGGAGCCACUGUACCGGCUGUUGGACAAGGGUCGCGAGUGGCGUUGGACGGGAGCAGAGGCAGACGCAUUUCGCCAGGCGAAGGAUCUGCUGCAAUCAUCGCAUGUUCUUGUGCACUAUGAUGUCAACAGGCCCCUAGUGCUUGCCUGUGACGCUUCCCCGUAUGGACUGGGUGCUGUGUUAAGUCAUGUGGGGGAAGAUGGUAGCGAGAGACCGGUUGCAUAUGCUUCAAGGACUAUGAGCGCGGCAGAACGAAAGUACGCCCAAACAGACCGAGAAGCGCUCGCCAUUGGCUUUGGCGUUAAGAAAUACCAUCAGUUUCUGUAUGGGAGGCAUUUCAAAAUUGUGACGGACCACAAACCCCUCUUAGGACUGUUGCACCAUGCCAAGCCCAUUCCCCAGGUGCUAUCACCACGGAUGCUGCGGUGGACCCUCAUGUUAUCAGCAUAUGACUAUGAAAUUGAGUAUCGACCAGCAGAGAAGCUUUCAAAUGCUGAUGCAUUCAGUCGUUUACCACUGAGGGCCAGUAAGGCGGAGGAAGAGGAGCAGCGUCUUUGGGAAGUAGGAAUGCUAGAAAUGGCACCAGAAGUAACGUGGAACUCUAGGAAGGUGGCAAGUUUUACGUCAAGGGACAAGCUGUUGGCUAGAGUCUGCAAUUGGGUGCAGCAUGGGUGGCCAGAGGGCAAGCUACCGGAAGAGUUUGCAGCAUUUGUGAUCCGCAAGCAUGAACUGUCAGUGUACCACGGUUGUUUGCUGUGGGGCAGUCGUGUCAUCAUUCCAGAGCCAGCUCGACCAUAUGUCAUGGACAUUCUGCACACAGCUCAUCCAGGAAUUAUCAAGAUGAAGGGGCUCGCCAGAGGAGCCGUGUGGUGGCCAGGAAUUGACAGAGACGUUGAGCAGAAA